GUGUCUCUGUUAGUGCAGCUGUAGUAUUUACAGCCCCGCUGCCCAUCCCACGAGAAUGCCGUUAUUGCCAUUUACAUUAUUUUCCAAAAGGUUGCUUUAUAACAACAACUCCGUUUAUGUAAUCCUGCUGUGACUGUCUCUGUCGUAGUGUUUGCGCUAGAGUCGUGCAGCGAGCAGAGGAAGGAGUGCGCUUCAGUCACGCGAGUAACGUUCAUGCCGUCUACGAUGGAGGGCUCGUCGGGGGAAAGUGACCUGUUUACCGUCAAGCACGAGCUCAGAAACGCCAAUCUGACGGGUCACGUGGAGCGAGUGGGCAUUGAGAACUUUGAGCUGCUGAAAGUGCUGGGAACAGGAGCCUACGGCAAGGUGUUCUUGGUUCGCAAGGUGAGCGGCCAUGAUUCGGGUAAACUCUAUGCCAUGAAGGUGUUGAAAAAGGCCACUAUUGUGCAGAAGGCGAAGACGGCAGAGCACACACGCACAGAGAGACAGGUCCUCGAGCAUAUCAGACAGUCGCCUUUCCUGGUUACACUCCAUUACGCCUUCCAGACAGACACCAAACUGCAUCUCAUUCUAGACUAUGUGAACGGAGGUGAGCUCUUCACACACUUGGUCCAAAGAGUUCGCUUUAAAGAGCAAGAGGUUACCUUGUACAGCGGGGAGAUUGUACUUGCACUGGAGCACUUGCAUAAGCUGGGAAUUGUCUACAGAGACCUAAAACUUGAGAAUAUACUUCUUGAUUCAAAUGGCCACAUCGUGUUGACAGACUUUGGUCUUAGUAAGGAGUUCCAUGAGGUAGAGAGGGCUUAUUCCAUCUGUGGCACUAUUGAGUACAUGGCUCCUGAGAUUGUAGCAGGAGGAGAGUCAGGACAUGACAAGGCGGUGGACUGGUGGAGUAUGGGAGUUCUGAUGUAUGAGCUGUUGACCGGAGGCUCUCCUUUCACUGUCGAUGGAAAUGAGAACUCUCAUUCUGACAUUGCCGAGAGAAUUAUGAAAAAGAAUCCUCCAUUCCUCAAAGACAUGGGGCAUCUGGCCAAAGACAUUAUCCAGAAACUGCUAAUUAAAGACCCAAAGAAGAGGCUGGGCUCCGGGCCCUCAGGGGCCCAGAAUGUGAAAAGCCAUCCAUUUUACCAGAAAAUGAACUGGGAGGAUCUAGCUGCUAAGAAGGUUCCGGCUCCGUUUAAGCCUGUAAUUCGUGAUGAGCUGGAUGUUAGCAACUUUGCUGAGGAGUUUACAGAGAUGGACCCGACAUACUCCCCAGCGGCACUUCCAAACAACUGUGACCGCAUCUUUCAGGGCUAUUCCUUCAUGGCUCCCUCCAUCCUGUUUAAGAGGAAUGCGGUGAUGGACGACCCGGCUCAGCUGUGCGGCCGGUCAGAGAGGCCGGGGUCUGCCGCUGUUGCCCGUAGUGCUAUGAUGAAGGACUCUCCGUUCUACAUAAACUAUGAGAUGGACCUGAGGGAGAACGCUCUGGGAGAGGGAAGCUUCUCCAUCUGCAGACAGUGCACUCACAAAAAGACUGGACAGAAAUAUGCCGUAAAGAUCGUCAGUAAAAGAAUGGAGGCACUGACGCAGAAAGAGAUCGCUGCUCUCAAACUGUGUGAUGGACACCCCAACAUAGUCAAGCUAUAUGAGAUCUACCACGACCAGCUACACACAUAUCUUGUUCUGGAGCUCCUGCAAGGUGGAGAACUGCUGGAUAGGAUCAGAAGGAAGCAGCACUUCAGCGAAACGGAGGCUAGCCGCAUCAUGCGCAGACUGGUGUCUGCCGUCAGCCACAUGCAUGAUGUUGGUGUAGUGCACAGGGACCUCAAACCUGAGAAUUUGCUCUUCACUGAUGACACUGAGAAUUCAGAGAUAAAAGUUAUUGACUUUGGCUUUGCACGGCUCAAACCCCCCGGCAAUCAGCUCCUGAAGACCCCCUGCUUCACUCUUCAGUACGCUGCACCGGAAAUCCUCAAAUACGACGGUUACGAUGAGUCCUGUGACCUCUGGAGUUUAGGAGUUAUUUUGUACACCAUGCUAUCUGGCCAGGUCCCAUUUCAGUGCCAUGGGAAGAGUCUAAUGCACACCAGUGCAGAAGAGAUUAUGAGGAAGAUCAAACAAGGAGACUUCUCUUUCGAAGGUGAAGCCUGGAGGAAUGUGUCUAAUCAGGCCAAAGAUCUGAUACAAGAGCUGCUGACGGUGGACCCUGACAAGCGGAUAAAAAUGUGUGGCCUACGCUAUAAUGCCUGGCUGCAGGAUGACAGUCAGCUCUCUUCCAACCCUCUUAUGACCCCUGACAUCCUGGGAUCUUCUACCAUAUCAGUGCACACCUGUGUCAAAGCCACCUUCAAUGCCUUUAAUAAGUGUAAGCGGGAGGGCUUCCGACUCCAGACAGUUGACAAGGCUCCUUUGGCCAAACGCAGAAAGAUGAAGAAGACCAGCACCAGCACAGAGACCCGCAGCAGCUCCAGCGAGAGCACACACUCAUCAUCCUCUUCCUCCCAGUCUCAGGAUAAGACACCACCAGGUGGAGAGACAGCUAUUAUUCCCCAGGCCUCCGUGAGCACACCUCUCACUCUUGGCCCUGACGAUGAGCCCUCUCAGGGCGAGCCCCAACCUGCCUUCACAUUUUCAGAGUGAACCUGUCUGAGAGUUGGACAACAGGAUAGGUUACAUAAUUAGGUUACAUAAUUAUCCCACCGUUCUUUCUCCUCACGCUCUGGCAAGGCUGUACAACUCCAGAAUUUGCAUGCGGGGACCAACUCAAAUCCAUCACUAGCAAUAGAUGCAUACCAUGAGUGCUGAAGACUGAGCUUGAGUGAACUUCUGGCUCAAGUCCUGCAUGGCGAAACCUCACUGCAUCCAGUCCAGUGUCUCAAACAGGAGGGGGAACUUCACUUUUAGGAGCAUCAAACCUUCCACUGAUGGUGAAAAAAGGAAAGUCUGCUUCUGCAGUGUCCUGAAAGACCAGGCACUUUGCUUUGGGCAAAAAAAGGAAAGGGAUAUGUAUUUUAAAAGAAUAUAAAUAGAAUUUAUAAAAGAGAAGAUUUAUUGUUUAUUCAGACUUCUCUCAAAUUUGGUAUAUGAUACAUAUUUGGUAUAUAUCAAUGUGUCAAAUAUGACAGCUCCAUUUGUGCUGGGAGCUUCGUGGUAUUGAUUCACAUAUCUAACUUUGAUCUUUGACUUCUUCCAAAAUAUUUUACUGAAGUAGCAACAAUUAGGUGUUAAUAGUUUCCUUGGAAGCAUUUUAUUGUAAAACUCUUGUAAG